AUGGCGGCGGCCGCCAGCAUCGCGGCUCAAGACUUGACGACUCCGUUGGUGAACUCUGGCAAUCACCACUCAGGGUCCAAGCAGGACUUUGAGGCCUAUGAAGAUUAUUACCAGCGGCAAUGGGCCUUGGGAGCAGCAUGCGACGAUGGUCUGCAUGUGGCUCUAAAGACGAUAAAUGAGUUCAACCAGUUUGUCCAGAAACUGGAAAGACUCGGAGAUAUGACAAGACACGAGAUCGGCCUGAAACUUUCCGCAUGCGUCGAUGAAAAGGCCACAGACCAGGCUCGCGAAAACACCGUCAAUCUAGCACUCAGUCUCCGUUGCAUGCUCAAAUUUAGUCUUUUGAAAGGGGAAGUGUUGCCGGGGACUCAUGUCCAGUGGGGCCAAGGACCCCUAAGCGCAUGUAUCUAUAAGCAUUUCCAAGACGAUGCAUUGCUCGACACUCAGGGCACCAAGCUCCCAAAGACCUUCGAUGCAUGGAGCUUAGAGGUGAUCGGGGGGAUCCAGAUCGACUUCACUGACAACCUGGCGGAUCAUCUUCUGUUGGUUGAGGACGACGAGAGCAUGAAAGUGCUCAUCUUCCAUCAUGUCUCGUUCUUCAGACAUCAUGACAGGCAAGUCCCUAGUGAUUCUUGGCGGUGGAGGCACGAACAUCCGGCUUACACGACCUGA